GGGCAGGGCCAGGCACAGCGCCUGGGGCGGGUUCUGAUUCGCCGCCCGCUUUGGAGGGACGGGUGGGCUGUUGCUAAACUCGCUUUUCUCUCCCCCCAACAGGGACUCUCGGACAGUCCGCGGCUCAGACGGUUUAUUUUAAAGACGCGAUCGGCCCAGGGCUUCGCAGCUAGAUUUGAUCAGGAGUUAAACAGCCGCGUGCCCCCCGAGCUCCCUCCAACAAGUCCCGUUGAACAGAGAUAAACAGCCCGCAAGGCUUCGCAGCGCGGCGGUCGCGGCGCCUAGCCGCCAGACGGGAGCUGGCGGUCCGGGCAGCCUCUCGCUUCUCCCACUUGUAAGUUUCCUGCGACGUGGAUCGAGUCGGGUCCCAGCCAGCGGCGUCUCCCUUCCCGCACGCUGGAUUCACGGCGGCACCUGCUUCCACGGGACACCUACGCGCGUGACAUGGAGAGGCGACGCGAAAGGGACCCCUGGUUCCUAGGAGGCUGCCAGCCACUGUAGGUUUACAUGGAGCAUCCCUGGCUGCGUUCGGACCCUACAGGCAGCUGGUGAGAGCUCUGCUUGUUCUGUAAAGUGGAUGUCAGGUGGAUCUAUGGUCUUGAAGGAACAAAGAGCAAACGAAGGGAAAGCCGUGGAAGUUUGAGCCGGGAGGAUGCAGGCUGUGUAUUGGUACGCCGUGCUUCUGCUGCAGCCUACUCUCUACCUGGUCACAUGUGCAAAUUUAACAAAUGGCGGCAAAUCAGAACUUCUAAAAUCAGGCAGCUCCAAAUCCACACUAAAGCACAUAUGGACAGAAAGCAGCAAAGACUUGUCCAUCAGCCGACUGCUAUCACAGACUUUUCAUGGCAAAGAAAAUGAUACAGAUUUGGACCUGCGAUAUGAUGCCCCAGAAACGUAUUCUGAGCAAGAUCUCUGGGAUUGGCUGAGGAACUCCACAGAUCUUCAAGAGUCUCGACCCAGAGCAAAGAGACGGCCCAUUGUCAAGACUGGGAAAUUUAAGAAAAUGUUUGGCUGGGGCGACUUUCAUUCCAACAUCAAAACUGUGAAGUUAAACCUUUUAAUAACUGGGAAAAUUGUUGAUCAUGGCAAUGGGACGUUUAGCGUUUAUUUCAGGCACAAUUCCACUGGCCAAGGGAAUGUAUCUGUGAGCCUGGUGCCCCCAACCAAAAUAGUGGAAUUUGACUUGGCACAACAAACAGUGAUUGAUGCCAAAGAUUCCAAGUCCUUUAACUGUCGCAUCGAAUAUGAAAAGGUUGACAAGGCCACCAAGAACACACUCUGCAACUAUGACCCUUCAAAAACAUGUUAUCAGGAGCAGACCCAAAGUCAUGUGUCAUGGCUCUGCUCCAAGCCCUUUAAAGUAAUCUGUAUUUACAUUUCCUUUUAUAGUACAGAUUAUAAACUAGUACAGAAGGUGUGUCCUGAUUACAACUACCACAGUGACACGCCCUACUUCCCUUCAGGUUGAGAAUGAACAACAUGUGUCUGAGACUGAAGCCUGAGGAAUAAAAGAGGUCAUAUGACAGGGCUGUUACCUCAAAGAAGAAGGCCACCCCAUUGCCUGGAAUGUGUCUACACUCUGCUGCUGUUGCUGUCAAAUGGCUGCAAAUAUGUUAGUGGAAAACAAUCUAAUGUAAUUUCUGCCCAGUCAGCUCCAUGUAUCAGUCUAGUUGUAAAUCACUAUGGAUUCGAAAUAAAACCACACAGACACGCACUCUUUUCAGCUCACACCUAUUAAGAUUCCUGUUAAGAGGGCUGUCUUUGUCUGAUACAUAUUGUUUCAGGAUAACCUAUCAUCAAGCCAAAAGGAUUAACUAGACAGAGAAUGGUUUCUAACACAAACUGUUAUGGAAAUCUCCUUGAAAGUCUUGAAUACAUGCCAAUCAAUAAUCCCCACUCAUGCAUUCUACUGCUUAGACUAGCUGUACUGGUAAAUAAUACUAUAGGAGUAAAUGCUUGUUAAAAUGGGGAAAAAAUGUGUGUCUAGAGUUCAGUAUUUCUUAUUAUAUGAACACAGCAAAGCAUAGUGACUUUUUUUCCAGCAUACAGUAGGCACAUUCAAGGUGGCGUUAGGUGGCUCUUUUUCUGUGGAGGGAGCCUAUUACUAGUAAAGAUGAGCAGACAUUUGGAAUUUACAUGUGGGCAGACAUUAUGGUUUCAUAUUUCUUCACUGAACAUUUAAAUUGGCAGAGUUGAGACCAGCUGAGCUACUUAAAAACUCUCCAACUGUUCUGCAAGAAGGAAAAUGCCUGAUAGACAACAUGUAAGUUAUAAGUGGCUGUCUUAUCUUUAUUACAAAUAUUGUAACAAAUUCAAUAUCCUAGUCUUCAUUUGUAUGAAUGGUUUGUAUUGUACAUAGUUUAACCAGUGUUAUUUGAACUGCUUAUUAAUAUUAACUUGUAAUUGUCUCUCUGCUUGUUAUUGGUUAAAAACAAUCAAGGAAAUGAGGAAUCCAUUUUAUCAAUGUAGCUGUAAACUCCAUUAAAAAGACAGAAUUAUGUACAAAGCAUUUAUUCAGCUAAAGUAUUGUUGAGAGCUAUACAUAUACAACAUUACGGUCUGUCUGUAUUUAGAUAUUUUAUUUCCAGACAAAAAAUGAACUGUACAUAAAAAUAAAAUACUUAAAGUUGAGUUUCAA